AUGGCCACGAACGACGAUGAUGCUCCGACGGGUGAUUUCGAUCCGUACAACAUCAACAGCACGGACUUCAAUCCUGACCUGUAUCUACAGCGGGUUUUCAAAGAGUAUCGGCUCACCGAAAUCAUGGACCGAGAACAACAAAUUCACAGAGAGGUUCAGCUGCUCGACUCGGAGAUGCAGCGUCUGGUCUACGAUAAUUACAACAAAUUCAUAUCUGCAACGGAUACCAUCAAGAAAAUGAAAACCGAUUUCCAGACCAUGGAGCAAGAGAUGGAGUCACUGGUCGAAAACAUGUCGAAAAUCUCCGUUUACUCAGGCAACGUAUCGCAGGCCUUGCAUAAACGAGCCCAACAAGUGGCGAACCUGAACACGACCUCGACGCUUCUGAACCGUCUUCAGCGAGUAUUCGAAUUGCCCGAAAACCUUCGGAAGCACAAAAAGAGCGGCCAAUUCGGCCAGGCUGUAGUACUGUUCACCUCGGCGGAGUCAAUUUUGAGUCAGUAUUCCUAUAUCGCCUGCUUCAAGGACAUCCACACAGAAUGCUUGCAAAUCGUCGACGAGAUAAAGGCUAAACUCUUGGAGAGGUUCGAAGACCGCCACGUGAACGUCAAAGAUCUUUCCGAAGCCGUCCAACUACUGAAUUCCCUACACGAACCAAUCGAGAAGCUCUGUGCGCAGUACCUAGAGCAGGCGAGCAUCUCACUCAAUGGUGAUCUAGAGGUUCUUGUUCGGCAGGUCUCUCUAGCCAAGGGUGACACCUCGCCCGCUCCUUCGGGUCUGCCCCCCGAGCUGCAUCUCCUCUACUCUACACCGAUGGACGUCCAGCAAUUCGUGGAUCAUUCGUGCAAUUCUUUCCUCGGGAAUAUCUCGCUGAUUAUCGCUUCGUACGCCCAACUGUUCGUGUCCGGCAACGGUCAGGUCGAUUCCUCGAUAAUGGAACAGCAGCAGAACUUUGUACGGAGUCUAAUCGAGGAAUACUUCAAAUUGGUCGCGGAGCGAAUUGAGGUCGAAAAUCGGGUGAAUAACACUGAGAUAUGCGUGAAGGCUCUGGACAAAACCUUCCGGAGAAUUCAAGCCUUGAACAAUCUCUUGCCACAAAUGGAUCUCAAUAGCAAGGUCUACGAGAUCAUACAACAGGCGGCCACCAACAAGACAUCGUACUAUCUCGACGAGAUGAAACAAUGUAUCGUCAACAAGUUGGGCGAGCUGCGUCACGAGUUGAUUCAACCAUUCAAGGGUAGCUUGCCAGCUGUUCUAGUGAAUCUCGAAGCGGCGAUCUUGGAGAAAGUCAAACACGUUCUCUGGGAAAUGCGUCACUUCGUUUCCCCCGACGUCACUUUCGCUUCUAGUCGAGCGCAAUUCAGAAGCUUCACAUCGGAGCAUCUGAUCAAGAAAAAUCUCCUCGGACAGUUCAUUAAUUUUCUCGUGGACACCAUGAGGUCGGAGUAUUGCGACUUCGGAGGGAACCCUUUGGUUCAAUUAGUGCUUUCGAAACUCUGUCUCGAUCUACGGCAUUCACUGAUCAGGCAGAUCUUCAGAAUGUGCGACGACGCCAUCGAAACGCAGACGCUUGCGAGCAACAGGUUGGCGACAGACGUGUCAGACCUGGUCCGCAAAGUCGAUCAGCUAUCCGAGGAUAUGCUCCAAGCGUUUGUGGUCCGAGCCGGCGAUGUCAUCUCCAACAUGUUACGGAAAAGUGUCGAUGCCAGGAAUUGGGUUAGUUGCGCUGAACCGCGCAACGUGAGAGCUGUGAUGAAACGGGUCGUCGAAGAUCUGACUCAGCUUGACAUGAAUAUUGGUGAGCUCUACGAGGAGGGUUCGAGACGAGAACGGAGCAGCGACUCGAGCCGUCGAACGUAUCCAUUCUCGCAACGGUGGGGCCCACCGUCGGCGAACACAGAAUGCUCUCUCAUGUCGAAUUUGAACUUCAACAAACUAUUCACUGAAAAAAUCGAGAUCAUGAGCAAGGUGGAGCCGAACAGAAUAUCUGUGAUGACGGGUAUCAUAAAAAUCUCUCUCAAAACCCUCCUUGAAUGCAUACGACUGAAAACAUUCGGGAAAUUCGGUCUGCAGCAAGUCCAGGUCGAUGCUCAUUACCUCCAUCUCUACCUGUGGAGAUUCGUUCAAGAUGAACAAGUGAUAUUCGCUCUCUUGGAUGAGAUCGUGUCCAGUGCGAUACAUCGAUGCCUCGAUCCGAUUCUCAUGGAGCAGAGCGUCGUCGAAGUGAUAAGCGACCGAGGUUGA